AUGUGCUAUGGAUUUGAGGUUGACCUUCUGCGCGUGGAUUUUGGUUUGUUUUACAAUUUGCGUUUCUUUUGCAGUUUUCUAAACCAAUUGCACAACUCCGUUCUCGGGGUGGCGGCCGGGGGGCAGGGGUGGCGCCUGGAGGCGGUGGGAAUGGGGCGGGGAGCGCACCUGCAGACCCAGGCUCCACCCACCCACCCAGCCACACAAAAGCCCCCUCCUCCACCCGGCCCCUGGCGUGUGUGGGUGUGUGUGUGUGUGUGCAUGCCGUGUCCGUGUGCAAGGGGCCAGGCAGGGGAGGGAGGCGUGCGUGUGUGCCUGCAGGCUGCUGCUGCGUGUGUGUGGCGACGGCCACGCGCAGUGUGCGUGUCUGUGUGUGAGCGCGGAGGUCCCAGCGGCCUGGGCGUUGGCUGA